AUAUGCAAUAAAUUCAAAAAAAAAAAAGAAAAAAAAAAUCCCAAACGCAACACUUUCUCCGUUGCUCGAUCCCUGUUUCAGUUUGCCAUGGGAAUCGUAGAGGAGGCUCAAAAUGUGAAGAUCAUCGGAGACGGCCAACAGACGGUGGUUCUCGGCCAUGGAUUCGGCACCGAUCAAUCGGUCUGGAAACACCUGAUCCCGCAUCUGGUGGAGGAUUACAAGGUGGUUCUGUACGACAACAUGGGCGCCGGGACUACCAAUCCAGACUAUUUCGACUUCGAGCGCUACAGAAGUCUGGAAGGUUUCGCGUACGAUCUGCUGGCGAUGUUCGAGGAGCUUCGAAUUGAUUCGUGUGUGUUCGUCGGCCACUCUGUUUCGGCGAUGAUCGGCGCCAUCGCUUCCAUCACUCGCCCGGCCCUCUUCCACAAGAUUAUAAUGCUCUCCUCCUCCCCUAGAUACUUGAACGAUGAGGACUACUUCGGAGGAUUCGAGGAAGAAGAUCUAGAGCAGCUAUUCGAAGCAAUGCAAUCGAACUACAAGGCUUGGUGCUCGGGGUUCGCCCCGCUAGCCGUGGGUGGAGACAUGGACUCAGCGGCAGUUCAAGAGUUCAGCCGAACCCUGUUCAACAUGCGCCCCGACAUAGCCCUCAGUGUGGCUCAAACCAUCUUCCAAGCUGACAUGAGGAGCAUUCUCCCCCUCGUCACUGUCCCCUGCCAUAUCAUCCAAAGCAUGAAGGACAUGGCUGUCCCCGUCGUCGUUUCCGAGUACCUCCACCGCAACCUCGGCGGGCUCUCCAUCGUCGAGGUCAUGCAGUCCGACGGCCAUUUGCCCCAGCUGAGCUCCCCUGAUGUUGUGAUUCCGGUGAUUCUUAGGCAUAUCAGGUAUGAUAUUGCAGCCUAGAAUCCAAGUUUGCAAAACUCUAGUUCAUGAGAUGUUUUUGGACGCUUUAGUGUGAAUAGUUGUUUAUCAUAUUUUUUUGAAAUUAGAAAUUUAAAUAAUUUAGAUGGUA